AUGGCGAGGCGGAUCACGGAGGGCCUUGACCAAACGAUGAACGGCGGGGAGAAUUGCGUGAACUUGGCGCUGGUGCACAAGUACCCUGUCAAUGCUGACGAGCCACCGCCGCUGGACCAGCGUGUAUUCAGUGUCAUCUCCGUCAAUGCCAACAAGGAUGGAUCCAUCGUGUAUGCAGCAGAGGCAGGCGGGUCCAGCGACCAGGCGGUACCGGGGCUCAUCUGGUGCGAGGCCUGUAACCUAGGCGUACUGCCACCCGUGCCACCACCCAACCCUUUUCCCCGCAAGCUGUCAAGUGCGGCGAGUGGUUGGUACUCAGCGGAGGCCGAUGCGAGUGCGGGGGCGGGGGCUGGCGUGGCUGUUGGCGGUAGUGAUAAAAUGCUGGGCAAGAGGCGAGCACGGUCGAUGGAACUGGCGGAGGUGGGGCCUGCCGCCGCUGGUACAUCAAGUGGUGGUAGUGGCAAAGGACGAGACAAGAAGCGAGCACGGGGGCCUGACGUCCCGGCCGAUGUGGCUGAUGCCAGGUUCGCGUCGACUGCAGGUGGCUAUAGGCCGAUAGCUUCGGUGUCGUCAGCAACCGCCAAUUUACGAAACCACCUGAAGACCGACACCCACAAGGCUAACCUCGCCAUGAUAACCUUGCGAGCACAGCAGCGGCCCGAGACCUUUAACAAGCAGCCUCAAGUCCAAUUUGGGUUUGUGCGACUCGAUCCUUUUCUCGUCAAGAAGGCGGAGCGAGUGCCUGUUGCUGGCGCCCCCGCCAUGCAACCAGACGCGCCGGAUGUGUAUCAGCGCGCUCCCACUGCCACAGCCGCCCAUGUUCAUCCUGACCGCACGACCCCUCCACUGCCUCCGCUGCCACAUUUGCGGACCCACGGCCUGCCGCCGGGCAUGAACCGCGGUGUGUGCCUGCCCAGGGGUGCCGGUGUCGCCGGGUUGCAGAGGGGUGCAGCUUCAGCUCACGGUGGUAGUGGGGUGUACGGACCGGCUGGUGGCGACUAUGAGGCGCCGCUGCCGGACCAAAUGGGUGCUGGACGGAAGCAUACGGGGCUGCUGCAGCAGCAACAGCAGCGACCACGGCCGCAGUACCGGGGGCUCCAGCGACACCAGCAGGCACAGCAACGUGGUGGAGACAGCAUGGAGGGACAGCUUCAGCAGCAGUGGCGGUAUCCCAUACAGCAGCCACAGCACAAGCCAACGCCGCUGCCGUGGCGGCAGUCAACACCACAGGAGCAGUUGCUGGACGACACUUUCCCUGCCUACCACCAACAGGACGAACAACGGCAGCGACUGGGUUCUGGAGCCUCUGCAUAUGGCGCUAUGGGCUCGUCGGGUGCAGCCGGCAUCGACAUUGACGACCCCUGGGAGGGUGAUGGCAACGAUGCGGGUGUAGAGGCUGAGCCGGAGGAGCACGGCAUGUCUCCCGGGAGGUAUGAAGACCUGCCACGGGGACCAGGAUCAAGUGUGGCCUCACCCAGCGAGGACACCUUUGUGUACACGCGAGUGGGGUCCGGUGAGGUCUGCAAGGGUGCGGACAAGCUUUGGCACUGGAACCAAUGUCCGGUUUGCUUGGAAGACCACCUACUGACCACGUGCUGCCAUUGUUACANGGCCAUCGCUAAAGUCCAUAUUAAAUAG